UCUCAUCGAUAUCCACUGACAGAACUUAAUGUUCUCUUCAUAGAGUGUGUUAAAUAAAGUCUAUAAAUAAAAGCAAGCACAUAUGUAUAAAACCCUAAAUUAAUUAAAUUGAAGGUGCUCAAUUAAUCGUAAAUUCAUUAGCACAAAUUACUAAGAAAUUAUGAUAGAUUUAAAAAGUAAGACGUAGGCCAAACAACUUACCCAACGAUUCAGUAGUUUAUAGCGGAAAAUUUAGUCGACGUGUGUGAAAGAAGGCCAGGAAAAGUAUCAGCUGCGCUUGUUACUAUUAUUUGUGAUUGUGCGUAUACGGUGAUCAUCUUAAACGAAAUUUGAAAGUAAUUUCUACAGUUACGCGAGUAUCGGAAGAUAGAGUAUCGUGUAACGGUCUCCAUAUUCACAAUGUACUGUCUACAAUGCCUGCUACCAGUAUUGCUUAUACCGAAGCCAACAAAUCCGGCGCUUAUGGAGACGCAUGUUAUGUUUAUUGUACUCUACUUAAUUGGCUUUUUUCUCGAGCGGAAGCCUUGCACCAUCUGCAGUUUAAUAUUUCUAACAGCGGUAUUCCUUAUCUGCUACAGUGGCGUAGGAAAUUGCAUUUUUUGGGGCAACUGUGAAGGACAUCAAUGUGAGAAUGGUUAAUUAAAUGCACCGAUGACUGUUCGGGACUAAAUGGAUACUUUGUAGAUUGCAAAUUAGCGUUGUGUAUCCUAUCGGUUAACGAAAAUCAUAAAUUUAUUUUCUUACGUUACCUUUUAUAGUUCUUCAAUGUUGCAGUGUGUUGUAGCGUUCAAAAAAUAGAUUAAAAUAAAUUCGCGCUUUUAUUGCGUCAUAUUACGACGGAUUAUGAGGAGCCAACUCGUUAUUUAAGUUAUUCUCAGUCUUAUUUUGUAUAAAAAGAUCUUGGACUCUCAUGAACAAGCAAUCAUUUGGGUACAUACAUAUGUGUGCAUACUAAUCGCGUGAUUUUCGAAACUAUUUCAAUCUCUGUUUUGUUAUGUUUAGCAUUUCAGUUCAGUGAUGCAGUGUAAAAGGAUACUCACAAGUUAAUGAUAUCAUCGAAAAUAAUAAUAUAAAAUCCAACAAACCACAAUACAAUUAAAUGUACACAUGUAAUUCUUAUAAUGGCACUUAAAAUAAAGUUACUUGCAAAAGCAAAAGUAUGUAGCUAGAAACUAAUAUUAGAAAAAAAGGCUAACUUUCUAUUGUAUAGUUAUACCAUUUAGCUUCAGCUUUCAAAUUGUUUCUAGUGUUUUUCUAUAAUAAUCUCCCUAUAGAUCAACUAAAUUAUUACUUUAAUAAAAGAAAUAACUCAAUAAAUUUGAUAUAAUAUAAUUAAUAGCGUUACUAUUUUUAUAAACCUGAAGCGAAUGCGCAACAAUUCGGUUAUUUGAAUUUUACAUUAUUUACGCUUAACAUGGACAUAGACUAUAUGCUUGAGUAUGUAAAGAUAUUAUUACUCAAAAUAUAUUUUUUUCCAUUUGAAACUAAGUUUAACUUAAACUAUUUACAAGCAAAAAAAGAUUGACUCAAAAUAAAGAUUAUUUUACAAUACUAAACUUA